AUGGAAGGAGGUGAUGAUCAAUUCCACCACCACCACCAGAACCACCAUCAGCACCACCAACGUCCAAACUUCCCAUUCCAACUACUGGAAAAGAAAGAAGACGAACCUUGCUCAUCCUCUUCUCCUUACCCUUCUCUUCCAACCCCCACUACCGAACCAAUCAACAACAGCAACAGUGCUAACUCAAACCGUUCUACCUCUAAUCUCCAAAUUGCUACUGCAGAACAAUCAAAGAAACCCCCUCCAAAACGAACAUCAACAAAAGACAGACACACCAAGGUGGAUGGACGUGGCCGCAGAAUUCGCAUGCCAGCUCUCUGCGCUGCUAGGGUUUUUCAGCUCACUCGAGAACUUGGCCACAAAUCAGACGGUGAAACCAUUGAGUGGUUACUUCAACAAGCAGAACCAGCAGUGAUCGCUGCCACAGGCACCGGCACAAUCCCUGCUAAUUUCACUUCCCUUAACAUAUCCUUGCGUAGCUCAGGCUCAAGUAUGUCAGUUCCGUCUCAGCUAAGAUCGGGGAGUUUUAAUCCAAACUUUUCAUUGCAACAACGUAGUCGGAGUUUGUUCCCAGGAAUUGGGCUAGAAACCUCACCACCACCGACAUUUUUAAGUUUCCAAUCUAGUAACAAUAUGAAUGCAGUGCUGCAAGCAAAGCAAGAAUUGCGAGACAAUUCUUCGCUGGAUUUAUCAACGGAGACAGAAGAGAGUUUAAGCAGGAAACGAAGGCCCGAGCAAGAUUUAUCAUCAUCGCAACAGCAUCAGAUGGGGAGCUACUUGUUGCAAUCCAAUAGUGGGGCAAUUCCAGCCAGUCAUAGCCAACUUCCAGCAAAUUUUUGGAUGCUGGCUAAUUCCAAUAGCAACCAAGUCGUGAGCGGAGACCCUAUAUGGACAUUUCCUUCUGUUAAUAACAGUGGUUUGUACAGGGGAACCAUGUCUAGUGGAUUACAUUUUAUGAAUUUUCCUGCUCCUGUUACCCUAUUGCCUAGCCAGCAAUUGGGGUCUACUAGUAUUGGUGGGGCUAGUGGUGGCAAUAGUGGGAUGAGUGAAUUAGGGCAUUUGAACAUGCUAGCUGGAUUAAAUCCCUACCGGCCAUCCGGUAUAUCGGAAUCGCAGGCUAGUGGGUCUCAUUCACAUCACGGUGGCGGCGGUGGAGGAAGCGAUGAUCGGCAUGAUACAACAAGUCAUCACUCAUAG